AUGGAUAGCCCUCGAGAUCGCCCAAGUGGCAUUCCCCGCCUGUCUCGACUCCCAGUCCCCCGAUCGAGUAUCCCAAAACCUACACCCUCGACCUCAACCUCGACGGCAACACCAAUUCGCCCAAAAGCCUCUAGAGACAGCCUUGGCGGAGGAAAUGUCGGCGCUGGAGAGCUCAAUCCGACCAAGUUGCGGGCAACCGCAUCGCGGGAUCAUCUUCGCAAUAGCAUAAGCGGCGCUACUGGUAGGGACAGCCCCUUGCGAUCGGUAUCCUCACGAGAUCAACUUCGCUCGAGCAUGCACCAGCCUAUAAAACCUAGGUCGCAGCAGGAACCGGCACAGAGAAAGUCAAGACCUCCCAGUUUCCAACAACGAGCUAGUAGAACCGUUCCACAGCCCUUGGAUACGGAUGUGUAUCAUGCUGUCACUGAUGAUGCUGUAUUCGAUCAGUCGCCCGUACAAAACAAGCCAUCGAUUAGUUUAGGCAAUUCGUCUGACUAUGCUACCAACAUUGACUAUGGAGCGGGCGGCACACAGGCUUAUGCACUUGAAGACAAUGCAGCCGCUCUCCAUACUCCUACGAGCAGGAGAUCCAAGCCUAGACCUUCACUGUCAGAGAGGACGAUGGAAACAUUGGCGCAGAUCCCAUCCUCUCCAGCCCUGAGCAAAAAGUCGUCAUCCUUUUUCGAACCAGGACGUCCACGAUCAAGAGCAGAGAGCGGAAAUUCAAGGCCGGGUUCCAGCUACAACUCUGACGGGUCUGGAAGAGCAUCGUCUCGGCAAGGAAGCCGACCCAGCUCCAGUGCUGGACAGAAUGACCCUCCUGCAAGCUUCCGCGGCUCCAACAGUGCAUUCAAAAGCAAUUUAUCAACCAUUAGUGGCACCCCACGGAGAACCUCUGCUGCCGCUGUCGGGAGAACUCCCCAGACCAAGGCAACGCAAAAUCGUGCCUCCCUUAUAUCAACUCCGAGACUGGAAACUUCUAGUAUCCCGCCCAUACCAGAUGCUGUGAGAAGCCCUAGCCCCGAACGAAGGCAGUUUGGCAAGACCCCCUUGAAAUCUGGCUCCAAAUCGGUUGCCUCACGGCCUGCAAAGCCUCGCGGAUCAACGACUGGCCUUUUCAAGAAACCCUCUCUACCAUCCAUGUCCAAGGGUGCAGGCGCAUCAGAGGAAGCAGGUGCUUCAGCUGGGUCCUGGGAUGGCUCUAUUCCCCCUCCGUCGGCUUCAGGUCCUUCUGCCUCCAAACCACUUACAAAUCGAAAGUCGUCGGCGGCUCUGCGUGACCAGAUUGCGAAGGCGAAAGCCGCCAAGCGCGCAGCUGUACGACAAGCGUCCGUGAACCAUGAAUCUACUGCAUCAGAUGACGUGCCUAUUAUAUCAAAUGACGGAUAUGGCUUUGGUGCUGAUCAUGACGACCCUUUCAACUUGAGGAAAGGGGAGAAACCUAGUGCCAAAGUGUUGCAGCAGCGGGUGGCGGCUGCUCGAACCACCGGCCGGCUGAACAUUGCCGCGUUGGGGUUGAAAGAAAUCCCACAGGAAGUUAUGAAGAUGUACGACCUGGAGAGUGUUGGUAACUAUGGGGGCAGCUGGGCAGAGAGUGUAGAUCUCACCCGACUUGUUGCCGCGGACAACGAGAUAGAGUCUUUGGAUGACAACAUCUUCCCGGAUGCGAGCCCAGAUGCAUUUGAUGAACAAGAGGACGAACAAGGCAACAUAUUUGGAGGACUAGAAACGCUGGAUCUGCAUGGAAAUUUGCUUACGCAUGUUCCCCUUGGAUUCCGACGCCUAGCGAACUUGACAUCGCUCAAUCUUUCUUCAAACAAGCUUGAAAACGCCAGUUUGGAGAUCAUCUCUCAGAUGGUCUCACUUCGAGAUCUGAAGCUGUCCAAGAAUCAAUUGUCUGGACCACUGAACCCGGCGCUGACGAGCUUGACCUCUCUGGAGAUGCUUGAUGUUCAUGGGAACAAUAUCUCGGCGCUGCCCUCCGACAUUGAAAAUAUGAUCCGCCUGCGCAUCCUCAACUUGAACGAGAAUAAGAUUGAGAGCCUUCCUUUCGAGAGCUUGUCAAAGCUGCCGUUGACAGAGUUGUCUGUGAGAAAGAACAGAAUUUCCGGAUUGCUUAUUCAACAGCCCGUGGACUCUCUUCCCUGUUUGCAAACUCUCGACGCAUCGGCUAAUCAAUUGACACACCUCAUACCCGUAGACAGCGCCAUCAACUUGCCAGUUGUUCACGCCAUCUCUCUGUCCGUCAAUAGGCUGCAAUGCCUCCCGGAUAUGUCUACUUGGACGAAUCUCCUUACGCUGACUGUGGACGAGAACCACAUCGCCAGCAUACCGGAUAGCUUUACCGGACUGCAGAAGCUACGUCACGCAGAUUUCGCCAGUAAUGAUAUCCGUAUAGUGCCACCGGAGAUUGCUAGAAUGCAAAGUCUUUCCAUGAUACGAUUGACAGGCAAUCCUCUAAGGGAUCGAAAGCUGGUCUCGUCUUCAACGGAUGAGUUGAAGGAGAUCUUGGCUGGCCGCUUGGAGCCUCCCCCUCCGUACCAGGAGCCUGGUCAUCAUACUUCAAUGGCAGGGUUGAUGGGCAGUCUUUCUGAAAUCGACGACAGGCUCAAAUCCGCUGGAGAUAUAGACUCCUUGUCCGGUAUUAAUGAUGAAGACGCCCGGUCUGACGUGGAGGACGAUUUUACCACACCACCUACUUCUGCUCCACAUACUCCGAGUCGUUCACGAUCCCAAACAGUCGUGAAAGACGUUUGGUUCGUCAAACCAGGUGGUUUGCUGGACUUGUCAAGAUGCGACAUAUCGUCGUUGAAUCCCAAUACCUGCGCUACAGUCGCCUCGCAGAAUCAAGUGCGCCAAAUCCAGCUGCACCAUAAUCCGAUUGCCGUGUUUCCAAUUGCGCUGGCUGCCUUUGGCUCGACUCUCUCGUUCCUUUCCUUGGCACAUUCCCAAUUGGCUGGCGAGUCAUAUCUCACAGAGACAUUGGAGCUGCCUGCACUUCGAGAACUGAGCCUCCUCUCAAACCAAAUAUCGAGCUUGAAUCCCGUUAUCAAGUUCCUGAAGGCGCCAGCUUUGGAGAAGCUCGACGUCACACUUAACCGCAUGACUUCGCUUCCGCCCAAUCUGAAGGACGUAUUCCCACGCUUGUCAGUAUUGUUGGCAGCGAGUAAUCAGCUGUCAGAGCUUGAUCCCGAAUGCAUUCGGGGAUUGAAGAUUGUUGAUGCCUCUAGUAACGACAUUGGCCAGCUGAAUCCCAGACUUGGUCUUCUGGGCGGCGUGGACGGGCUGCAAAGGUUGGAGGUUGCUGGCAAUCGAUUCCGCGUCCCAAGAUGGAGCAUUCUGGAGCGAGGAACUGAGGCUACUCUGAGAUGGUUGCGAGGCAGACUUCCGACUGAAGAAAUGGCCGCUUGGAAGGCAGCGAACGGAGAGGACAGUGGAGAAGAUGUUGACUGA